AGCACGCCACCUGUUUGUGUGUUCACUUUCUCUGUACCCAAUCCCACAUCCUGAUUUGCUCUGGCCCCUAGAUAUUUUCCCUUUUCUUCUCUUCCAUUCUCUCAAAAAGUUUCAAGCUUUGAUCAGACUGAAUCAUGGGGAACGCCCUGAGGUUUCUCUACGGGCAUUGCUGCAAGCCCACAGCAGCUGGUGAUUCUGAUUCACUUGGGCCUCACGGUGUGUCCUCUGCCACCGUUGGUGUAUCAGCACUUGCCCAUGAUCUCUUUCACUUUGACAUCACCUCGCAGGUCCCGGAAGGACUCAGCAAGCAUGUUGUGUCUUCUAAGAAGGCUCAGGCUAAUUGGUAUAGAAAGUUAGUAGAUGCUUGGAAAGAGGCAAAACCCCCUCCUAAGACACCUGAAGAAGCAGCUAAACUUGUCAUUCAGACAUUGAAAAGACACCAAAAAGCAGAUGUUGAGGGAUUGUUGGCUUUCUAUGGUCUUCCUCCACCACACACCCUCGUUCAAGGAACUGCUCAAGCCCCGUCAUCCUUGCCUGAUGGAGUUCAAUUUGAAAUGAACACCUUGCCUGUUGAUGCAAAAGCAGUAGCAGAUGGGGAUACCGUAACAGUGUAUGUCAGCACAGCAGACCCCAGAGAAUCAGCAUUUGUCCCUGGCAACGUUCAUGCAGCAGCAGUGAGAAGAUCAGAAGCACGUGCCCGAAGGAACUUUCAAGAUGCUGAUGCAUUUCACAAACAGAUAAUUGAUGCAGGAUAUCGGGUGAUUCGUGUGGAAAACGAGGAAAUCCUAGCUAAGAAAUAUAGGAUUCGAUUAAGGGGAAUUGAUGCACCAGAAAGUGCAAUGCCUUAUGGAAAGGAAGCUAAAGCUGAACUGGUCAAGCUUGUUCAAGGGAAGCCUUUGAGGGUCCUUGUUUAUGGAGAUGAUCGCUAUGGUCGUUGUGUAGGUGAUAUCUAUUGUAAUGGCAUUUUUGUACAGGAAAUAAUGUUAAAGAAGGGUUUAGCAUGGCACUACACAGCCUAUGACAAACGGCAGGAACUAGAAACAUGGGAAAAACAAGCCAGAGCAAAGCGUGUUGGGUUAUGGGCUUCAAAAAAUCCUGAAAAGCCAUGGGAUUGGAGAAGAGAAAGAAGAGAAGGUGCAUGACAAUUGUCUGCAAUUUUUUCUGAAAAACUCAAACAAAGGUUCUUCAUUCAAUAUUAAUGUAUGAUUUGUUUGACAAACUGUGUGUAUAUACAAAACAACUGUGAACUAAAUAGUUAUGCUUUUCAAUGGAAUGUUGGAUCAUUGACAAA